AUGACCGAUUCAAAGAUGCAACUAGAAGAUUGGCUGGAUGAUUUAUGUGUGCGCUUCAUCAUCAACUUACCCCACGAAGAGCUUGAAUCUGUGGAACGAAUCUGUUUCCAAGUCGAAGAAGCGCAAUGGUUUUAUGAGGAUUUCAUUCGGCCCCUCGAUCCAGCGUUACCCUCACUCUCUCUCAAGGCCUUCAGUCUUCGUAUCUUUCAACACUGUCCACUCAUGUCUCAAUGGUCGCGCUACCAUCACAUGGCCGCAUUCUCUGAGUUUCUGGCCUACAAGACCAGAGUCCCUGUACGUGGCGCAAUUCUCCUUAAUGAAGAGAUGGACUCUGUUGUCCUGGUCAAGGGCUGGAAAAAGGGUGCGAACUGGAGCUUCCCACGAGGCAAGAUCAACAAGGGCGAGCCAGACCUGGACUGCGCAAUCCGUGAGGUCUACGAAGAGACUGGCUUCGACGUUCGUGCAGCCAACUUGAUCAAGUCAGAAGAUUCGGUCAAGUCCAUUGAAGUCACCAUGCGGGAGCAGCACAUGCGACUCUUCGUCUUUCCAGGUGUCCCUCGCGACACGCAUUUUGAACCUCGUACUCGCAAAGAAAUCAGCAAGAUCGAAUGGUACAAGCUGUCGGAGCUGCCAACGCUGAGAAAGAACAAACACCUGGACGAGGGCAUGGCUGUCGCGAAUGCCAAUAAGUUCUACAUGGUGGCGCCUUUCUUGCAUCCCCUGAAGAAAUGGAUCGCUCAACAGAAGCGACUUGCAGCCAAGGAUCAGUCAGGCGUCAAGUCCGCUGUGCACGCCGGGGAAUAUGCAUCAAUGGACGAGAGCACCAACAACGCCGGAAUCGGGACCCAUGGCAGCGCUAUGGGCAACCUCCCAGAAGUCGGCACAGCAGCGUCUACCCCAGAUGCCUCUGCCCACAUAAAGCAGCUGCUAAAGAUCGCUGAAGCACAGCCCGAGACACUUCCAGCGCAAACCUCAACUUCAGCUUUGCCCGCUAGCGUUGUUGAUCAGAACAAGGCAGAUGCGCUCCUAGCUCUCCUUCGGACAGGCACUCAGCGCUCUCCUGCUCCAAAUGUACACGAACAUGGACUCUCUCAAGCUCCUGGCCUGGUCAAUUCUUCUUUAAAUCAAGAUCCGCGCAUCGCGACCAAUUUUUUCCCUGGCUUAUCUCAACAGCAGCAACAUUUGGCGCCUUCAGGUUUUAUGCAGCGACCAGGUGGACAACAUCUCCCAGAAUAUCAAUCAUCGCCUAAUCAGGGUCAGUCGCAUGUUAAUCAGCACCAAUUCCCCCCUGUGUCCGGGUUGCCUCAAGGUUUCGGGUCGCCUGCGUAUUCGAGCAUGGCUUCGCGCCAUGAACAACCCUUACAACAACCCACCGCUGCGCCUUCAAAGCCUGCCGUGGCCCCAUUCCAAAGAACAGGCGAUCCUCAAUUUUCUGAAAAGACAAAGCCUUCUCGUGGUCCCGGUGCAGCCGUGCCACCAGCUAGCGAACUUCCCCCACCUAAGCUUACAAGCCAUUCGCUCGCACUUCUCGGGUUCUUCAAGGAUGGCAGCAAAACUCCUCAAGCGGCAUUCACAACCCCAGCUGGCAGGUCCGCGGACAUGUCUGGGCCAGCAACUGUCUCACAUGCUACGCAGGAGCGUAAGACUCCCCUUCAUCAAGACGGGCUGUUGAAUCUCUUCAAGGGUGCAAAGAAUUCUUUGGCACCUCAGCCUGCAGAAUUGUCUGGCCACUCAGUCAAGACCGCGCCACCAUCGCAAAUGCAAAUUCUGCAACGGCCGCCGCCGCAGCCAGAGAAUCGACAGCCUCGGGGAAGUGUGAGGUCAGGGCCAUCCACGAAUGUCGUCCAAGCAUCCGUGAACCCUCAUGCAGGUUCUGGCAACCCGCAAUCGGAGAAGUCUUCCCGAUCAGGGUCAAAGAGAUCGCCAAAUGGAGGCUCAACGCGCAGGAGCGGUUCCGGUCGUCGUGAUCAACCCCGCGCCUCAGCACAGCUUUCCUCUCCCAUCACUAUCUUGCCAAGGCCUCAGAGCGACAAGCGGGACAACCCAACUGCAGCGGCUACAGUUUCAACGAUUUCAACAGGCCAGCCUUCGCUACCUCAGACGGUCCAGCCGUCGGCUCCGGCACCUCCGAAGCCUUUUCAGCCCCAGAUUUUGCGUCGUUCUGACAAGAAUGGGUUUCACGAUGUGUCGUCAGCCGGCCCCUAUGCGCAUAACAUAGAUCGCAGGUCAAGUCUGGGCGUUGUACAAGACUCGGCUGGGCUAGUGCCACCAGCGAACAUGGAUCGCCGUCCAAGCCAGACCCACGCGCAAAAGGAGGCACUCCUGUCUCUGUUCAGUAAACCCCAUGGGUCUCCAUCAAUGGGGUCAGCUGUAGAGCUUGAGUCUACAUCCUUCCCCUCGCAGCCGGCCAAUGUCUCGGGCAUUGUCAGCCCCCUUUCAUCAAUGCACCUCGCUGGCAGCGGUGGGUCAAUCUCCCGUCAUGGGACUCCUCUGGGGAUCGAAGAGCCCUCAACCUCCGGUAACCGGGUCUCUUCACCCAGCAACAAGGCAUUCUUGCUCAGCUAUUUGCAAGGCGUCACCAAAUAG